GCCAGAGAUCGUCGGAGAGCGGACGACCUCCUGCCCCUCUAGGAAACUUCUGGGAAGUCCCCUUCCUGGCCUAGUUCCCCCCAGAGGUCGCCCUGGACCUUUGGCAGCUCCAGAAAUCCUCUGGGACGCCGGCCCCCGUCCCCUGCAGGUUCCGGCACCCGGGGCGGGAGGCGUGCCGCCCACACACACCCCCCGCCGGCCCCUCCUCCGCGCGGCCGCCCCUCCGCGGCCCCGCCUGCGCUCUGACCCGACCCUGCAGCCCGCCCCUCCCGCAGGCUCCCGGGUGCAGAGGAUCGGCGGCGGCGGCGGCGGCGGUGGCGGCGAGACGCCCCAGAACGCGCUGCGCCAGGCCGGCGACCGGGCUCCAGACCUGCUGAGCGUGCGUCCAGCCCGCGGCAGAGGCUCCCGCCAUGGCCUUCUCCCAGGUGCAGUGCUUGGACGACAGCCACGUCAACUGGCGCUCCAGCGAGGCCAAACCCGAGUUCUUCUACAGCGAGGGGCAGCGGCUGGCGCUGGAGGCCCUGGUGGCCCGCGGCCCCGACGCCUUCUAUGAGGUGCUGAAGCGGGAGAACAUCCGCGACUUCCUCUCGGAGCUGGAGCUCAGGCGCAUCGUGGAGACCAUUGAGGUGUAUGACCCCGGCUCCGAGGACCCCCGGGCCAGCGGCCAGCCCCGGGGGCCCGAGGACGGCGAGCUCGGUGACGGCGAGGAGGGCAGCGGGGAAGAGGGGGCCCGCACCGAGGCCGAGACGCUGCCCUCGCUGGAGUACUGGCCCCAGAAGUCUGACCGCUCCAUCCCAAAGCUGGACCUGGGCUGGCCGGACACCAUCGCCUACCGGGGUGUGACCCGGGCCAGCGUCUACAUGCAGCCCCCCAUCGACGGGCAGGCCCACAUCAAGGAGGUGGUGCGCAAGAUGGUCAGCCAGGCCCAGAAGGUGAUCGCUGUGGUCAUGGACAUGUUCACCGACGUGGACAUCUUCAAGGACCUGCUGGAUGCCAGCUUCAAGAGGAAGGUGGCCGUGUACAUCAUCGUGGACGAGAGUAACGUCAAGUACUUCCUGCACAUGUGUGAGCGGGCCCGCAUGCACCUGGGGCACCUCAAGAAUCUCAGAGUGCGGAGCAGCGGAGGGACCGAAUUCUUCACGCGGUCAGCCACCAAGUUCAAGGGUGCCCUGGCCCAGAAGUUCAUGUUCGUGGAUGGAGACCGGGCCAUCUGCGGCUCCUACAGCUUCACGUGGUCGGCUGCAAGGACGGACAGGAACGUGAUCUCCGUGCUGUCGGGCCAGGUGGUGGAGAUGUUCGACCGGCAGUUCCAGGAGCUGUACCUCACGUCACACGGUGUCAGCCUCAAGGACAUCCCCAUGGAGAAGGAGCCCGAGCCCGUCGUGCUGCACUCUGUGGUCCCGCAGGUGCCCUCGGGCACCAUGGCCAAGAAGCUUGUCAACCCCAAGUACGCGCUGGUCAAGGCCAAGAGUGCUGACGAGAUCGCCAAGUUGUCCUCCGAGCAGCAGGAGGCCUCCAGGACCCUGGGGGUGCGGGGCACGGCCCUAGCCGAGCUGCCGGGAGACCUCCCCGAGCCGCCCCUGCCCAUCCACCCGGGGCUGCUCAACCUGGAACGGGCCAACAUGUUUGAAUACCUGCCCACGUGGGUGGAGCCGGACCCGGAACCCGGCAGCGACAUCCUAGGCUACAUCAACAUCAUCGACCCCAACAUCUGGAACCCCCAGCCCAGCCAGAUGAACCGCAUCAAGAUCCAGGACACAUCCCAGGCCAGGACCCAGCUGUGGAGGCAGAGCCAGGACUCCAGCCCCGCCCCCCAGCCCAGAUCCCCCCGGGACGGGGUCCCAGCCGAGAACAGCCGCCCCCAGGGGGACACCGAGCCACGGCCUCCUGUGGCCAAGCCCCGCACAGUCCCAGUGGCAGACCUGCUUGCCCAGGAGGGCGGCAGUGUUGGCUGGGCCCUGGCAACCCCAGAGGGGCAGGCACCCCAUGACCGGACGGACCACGGGCUCCCCAGGACGGCAGGCCGAGGCCAUGCCCCGCUUCAGUACCAGCUGUCUAUGACCCAGGAUGACCCCGACGGCGGGGGGCCGGCGGUCCCCAAUGGGCUGGAGGGGGAGGAGGAGGAAGACGACGACGACUACGUGACCCUCAGUGACCAGGACAGCCUCUCAGGCAGCUCUGGCCGUGGCCCUGGCCCCGAGCGGCCCUCGGUGGUCUCCUCAUCUGUGUCAGAUGAGUGUUCUGAGGUGAUGGAGCGCUCGGCCGCCCUCCAGAGUUGCCACUCAGAGCAGGUGGCCAACGGGUCAGCCCAGCCCCCCCGCCAACAUCUGAGCACUCCCCACGUGACCCGUGGGACCUUUGGUGGACCCCUGGGUGGCUCCUCGUGGGCCCAGGGUCAGGAGAGAGAAGAGGCAGGCGCUCUGAGGAUGCAGGCCCCACACCUGGCAGACAAGGAGGCACAGGGCCAGCGGUUCCACCACUACCGAGUCCCUAGGGAUAAAGAUGCCUUCCCGCAGCCGUCGAGGACCCUGGGACCCCCGCGGUACCGCCCCGCCGCCAAUGGCGCCCAGAGCUCCGGCAGGAAAGCAGGCCCGGCUGUGGCAGCUCCCCAGCACUGGCAGGCCAAGGGUGGCCCGGAGCCCUGUGAGCUGCCGGGUCCUGGGACCCCAAGACUGGCCCGAAACGCCAGCCCCCAGGCCGACGUCAGGGCCGCCGAGGAGCAUUCCAGCCCCUUCGGAAUCCCGUACUCCAAACUGUCCCAGUUGAAGCACCUGAAGGCCAGGAUGGGUGGCCAGUGGGCUUCAUCCGACUCUAAACGGCAGGCCCAGGCCCCCCGGGACUGCAAGGACCCCUAACACCUCGUGCCCGGGCCUGAAGCCACGCCAUCCACGGCUUCCACCCCAGCCCGGGCUCACCGCGCAGGUGCUCCCUGGCCACCCUGACCUCCAGAGCCACCCUGGAGGAAAGGAAGGUAGGGAGGGCGGUGACCUCACCUGGUCGGUGCACCAGUACCAGGUGGCCAUGACGGUCAGGCCGAAGGUCAUCCCGGUCCACGGGAGGUCCCCCGUGGAGGGGUCUCGGAACAUGUGCAUGGCGUCUGCCCGCGGCAUGUGGCAGGUGGUGUUGGAGAUGAUCCUGGAUGGGACGGCCCGGGCGUAGGCUGACGCCAGCUGAUCAUACCCGCCGAUCUGCUCGAAAGCUGGAGGGGGUGGGCGGGACAGGCACGGUUGGUGGCUGGUGGCCAUGACUCCCAGCCCCACUGCCCUCAUCUCACGAGUAACUUCUUAAUGCAUCAAACUCAACUUUUCCCACUUCACCUUUUCCAGUGUCUGGAAAGGUAUGGAGGUAGAGGGUUUUAAAAAAGGUGAAUUCAAAGGACUAUUUUAUUUGUAUUUAAAAUGAUAAUAUUAAAUGAGCAUUCCACACGAGGGCCCCCCAGUGUCCCGCCGGCCUCUGGACGCCCACCAGCCUCAGGCGAGGAGCUCUCUGCCAGGCUGUCGACCCAAGGAAGCAAACGUGUCUUUUCUUGGCAUUCAAGGACCUUCCUGAGGAAUCUGAAGGGCUAACGUCCUGACCCAGGGGCUUCCAAAGGACAUGACUUCGGCAGAGCUGAGUAUGGCUGGGGGAUGUGGCACUGAGAAGGGACACAGAGUCCCCAGAGGGGCAGGGGCACCACCAAGGCUACACCGCCAGCCGGCCGGCGCGAGCCAACCACGUUCACCCCCUCACUGCUCCUGUCUGCCUCGGGGUCUGGGCCCACCUGUGGCUUUUGCUUUGUCUGUGGUCACUCCCCCGCCCCCAUCCAGACCAGGCCUGGCUGCCUGGGUGCCUCUCCCGCAGUGGGCUCCGGGUACACAGGCCCCUGGUCUGUGAGGAGGCUGGGCAGCCACAGGCCCCACUCCCCCGCCUUCCCCAGCAGGCGGCCCGCUGCCCGGACUCUGGGCUCCCGGCACCAGUGCCACCUGUAGCCCAGGCCAGGCCAGGGGGAGUGCUCAGAGCGAACGGACGAACACCAGACACGGGUUGGAAACUGCCCAGCCACAGGGUCCUAGAGUCUGAGUCUGGAAGAGACCGUUUGCUCUCCGUGGGAUCCUCCUGGCUCUGCUUGCAUACUUCCCGGGAUGGGGAUCUCACUACCUCUGGGGCAGCCCCCACCCCGAGCUUCCUCCCUGUUCCCAGACCAGGAGAUCCAAACCCCCCUUCUCUCCACCUUGCCUUUGUCCCGCUGGCUUCUUGAGAUCUUGGACAUGCUUUGAAGCAAUGGGGGCAGAUGUCCAGGCAGGUCUGUGGUCUCCCAAGUGUGUCUGCACACCCACCCGCAGCCCUGCUCCCACUGAGCCCCGAGCCCGCGUGGGUGCGGACAGCCCUGCCUCCUGAGUCAGGUCCGCAGCCAGAUGCCAGCCGGCCCGGAGCUGGUGACAGAAGUGCCGCU